AUGUCGCACGAGUCGGGCUCCUCCGUCUCGACCACGAGCAUCGUCUUCGACCGCAUCAGCGAGCGCGUUGCUAAAGAAGCUGCUCUCGAGAAGCGGCCCCUCGGCGACGACGAUGAGGACGCCCUCAAGGACGAACCGGACAACGAUGACCUCGAGACCGGUCCCUUCCUCGGGAACAACAGUGGCAAUGGCAACCCCCCUCGACAUGCCGAUAAGAAGGGACCGGGCAUGGACCGGGGGAUGCGGAGGGCGCUGCUCAUUGCCGCUGGUCUGUUAGUCUCUGCCUGGGUCGCCGGUCUGUUCGUCUACAUCGCGACCAAGUCCUACAAGCCUGCUUCCGCCACCGCCCACGACCCGCAAGCGACCGUCGUACGGGGUUCCGGGAAAGCCGUGACACUGGAUCAGGUUAUGGGCAGCUUCUGGCGUCCCGACGUCCACUCGAUACAAUGGAUCGCGGGGUCUGGGGGCGAGGAUGGUCUUCUGUUGGAGAGGGACGCGGCCGGGAAGGAUUUUCUCGUGGUAGAAGAUAUCCGUUCGCAAAACGCUGCCGCCGUGGGUGACUCAGCCGAUGCGCAAGUGGCAGACGCCAGGACCUUGAUGAAGAAGGGCAGCUUCGAUUAUGACCAGAGGGUCUACAACGUCGUCAAGGUCGCGCCGAGCAGGGACUUGCAAAGGGUACUGCUUGCGACCGAUGUGAAGUCCAACUGGCGCCACUCGUCCUAUGCUGCCUACUGGAUCUUUGACGUCAAAACGCAAACCGCCGACCCCCUAAUUCCGGGCGAACCCGAUGCGCGCAUCCAGCUUGCCCAGUGGAACCCAACCGGUGAUGCCGUCGCCUUCACCAGGGACAACAACCUAUACCUGCGCAAAGUUGGGUCCAAGAACGUUAUCCAGGUCACCAAGGAUGGCGGCUCCGAGGUGUUUAACGGAGUCCCCGACUGGGUGUAUGAGGAAGAGGUCUUCUCCGGCUCCAGUGCCACAUGGUGGUCUGAAGACGGCGCCUACAUCGCAUUCCUACGGACCAACGAGACCGGCGUGCCAGAGUACCCCAUCGAUUACUUUCUCAGCAGACCCAGCGGCACGGAGCCCACGCCGGGUGAGGAGGCGUACCCCGAAACUAGGAAGAUCAAGUACCCGAAGGCGGGCGCGCACAACCCAGUCGUCGAGCUCAAGUUCUACGACGUCGCCCGUGGCGAUGUCUUCUCGGUGGAUAUUUCGGGCGGCUUCGCCGAUGACGAUCGCCUAAUCACUGAGGUUGUCUGGGCGGGGCAGCAAGUUCUGGUCAAGGAGACAAACAGGGUCAGCGACGUGAUGCGCGUAGUUCUAGUUGACGUAACGGGCCGCACCGGCAAGACAGUCAGGACGACGGACGUCAACGCCAUUGACGGCGGUUGGUUCGAGAUUACGCACCAGACGAAGCAUAUCCCGGCCGACCCGGCCAAGGGGCGCGAGCAUGAUGGCUACAUCGACCUGAUCAUCCAUGAUGAUAGCAAUCAUUUGGCUUACUUCACGCCGCUGGACAACCCCGACCCCGUCAUGCUUACCUCGGGCGACUGGGAAGUUGUUGACUCGCCGUAUGCCGUGGACCUGGAAAAGAACGUCGUCUACUUCGUGGCAACCAAGGAGUCAUCGAUCCAACGACACGUCUACCAGGUCAAGCUCACGGGGGAAGACCUGGCUGCGGUAUCCGACACCUCUUCUGAAGGCUACUAUUCGGCCUCGUUCUCCAUCGGUGGUGGCUACGCUCUGCUGACGUACCAAGGCCCUGGGAUUCCGUGGCAGAAGGUCAUCAGCACGCCGAGCAACCCGCGCCAGUACGAGCACGUCGUAGAAGAGAAUAAGGACCUCGCCGAGAGCGCCAAAAAGCACGAACUUCCCAUCAAGAUUUAUGGAACCAUCAAUGUCGACGGGCAGUACAGCGGCCCGGGAUCGCAGACAGUCAACAAGAAAUUCCUCGUCGACUACCAAUCCUACGUCGCUGCUGGACUCGGGUACAUCUGCGUCACGGUCGACGGGCGCGGCACGGGCUACAUCGGCCGCAAGAAUCGCGUCAUCGUCCGCGGUAACCUCGGCCAGUGGGAGGCGCACGACCAGAUCGCCGCGGCCAAGAUUUGGGCCGGGAAGAAGUACAUCGACGAGACGCGGCUCGCCAUCUGGGGGUGGAGCUACGGCGGCUUCAACACCCUCAAGACGCUCGAGCAGGAUGCCGGCGAGACGUUCCGGUACGGCAUGGCUGUGGCCCCGGUUACUGACUGGCGGUUCUACGACAGCAUCUACACGGAACGGUACAUGCUCACGCCGCAGGUCAACGGGCAUGGGUAUGAUACCAGCGCUAUCACCAACAUGACGGCUCUUUCGCAGAACGUGCGGUUCCUGCUGAUGCACGGCUUGUCCGACGAUAACGUGCACUUCCAGUCAUCAUUGACCCUGUUGGAUAAACUGGACCUGACUGGGGUGGAGAACUACGACGUCCAUGUGUUCCCAGACAGCGACCACAGCAUCUACUUUCACAACGCGAACCGGAUCGUCUAUGACAAGCUGACAAACUGGCUCAUCAACGCAUUCAACGGCGAGUGGAUUAAGGUCGCAAACCCGAAGCCGAAUGGGAAGAAAAGAGCCGCAUGA